AUGGGCGGGUUCAAAUUUAGGAUGAAGACGGAUUCACUCAACGGUGCCCAAUUCAGGCUGAUUGAUGAGAAGGCCUUGUUGGGAAGAUUUAAGAGUACCGAUGUUACGACUUUCAAGGCCCUAAGGUGUCUCAUCGGAACCUAUACCACGCUACUAAUCUCAUGGCUGAAAAAUACCUCCAAGCGGCCUGCUGAGUAUUGCAAGGGUAUCCGGGAUUAUAUUAAAAGCCUUGCAGGAGGAAAAGCACCAAUUACUCCCCCUAACGAUAGAUCAUCAGCUAUAAAUUCCCCCACUGAGAAUAUCGAGCUCGCCGACUUAAAUACCCAGCUCCGAAUCUUAGGAAAUAGUGAAACGUCCUCGACGCAAGCAGAGAGUCCAGCAUCUCAUAUGCCAGGCGAGGCUAUGGGUUCUACAGCAGUGUCAGCCACUAGUGCUAACAAUGUAUCUCAACAUUCACGCACAGCCAGGAACGAAGAAACGACGGAGUUAGUCCAUGGCGAAGUAAUUCUCUAUCUAAACGCGGCGCAGAUUGUCGUAGCCCAGUAUCUAGAGAUUCUCGACGAAGGACCCUUAUCAAGCGAAGAAGCUAUCGAAGACAAGAGCAAGACCAACCCUCUGGCGAAGGGCAUCGCAAUUAUAUCACUGUUUUGGUUCAUCUUGGGAAUAUUCAUCCAGCUCUUCCAAAACGAGGAACUUACUCAGCUGGAGCUGUCAACUUUUACGUAUGCGACCUGCGCAGCUAUUGCGUAUUGUCUAUAUUGGACCAAGCCCCAGGCCGUCGAAGUUCCGAUAGAGCAUUCAGUUAUGAACUCAGAUGCCGUCCGCUCGAUAACCCAUGACGAUAUUCAAAUUCUCAAGUACUUUAGUGGCAGUUCCUUCCUAUCGCGAAACUGUACCCCGCGGUUCUACACAGACAAGAGAAUAGCAGAGCCAUCAAACCCGGUCCCCACAGACGUAUCUCUCACGCAUCGCCAUGGGCGUGGUAUUCGGAGCGAUAUACUGCAUUGGAUGGAACAAUACCUUCCCUUCGCACUGGGAGCAACUUGCUUGGCGCAUAUCAUCUUUAACUAUAACAGCAUCCCUCAUACCAUACUCUAUCGCUAA